AUGACACACAUGGAGAAACAAAUGAGAGAGCUGGAGGUCAAAGAUUCCUACAUCUUCUCAGCUGGUGCUGAGGUCAAACAGACCCAGUGCAAAGAUGUCUCCAUGGUUACUGCAACUGAGUCAAAGACUCUGAACCCUCAGAAGGACCAGCCAGCAAAUCAAGGCGUGGCCAAGGUCCCCCAGGUUCUGCAGGUCAAAGUGAGUAAUACAAGUGAGAGUGUCCAAAAGAAAGAUGGGAAUGACAAAGUAACAGCGCCAAAGACAGAGGCAGAGCUCCUUAUGGACAAAUUUGAGAGGAUGGCAGAAGAGGAGAGAAUUUGGCCUUGUCAGAAGGAUAGGAGAGAUAAAGACCAGGCCAAAGAGAUAGAGGGAAAGAGAAAGGAUAAGGAGGUGCUGUCUAAAGAAGAGCAGCGCAGGCUGAGGAAUGAGAAGGCCUUACAGGAACACCUGGACAGGGUAAAGAAUCCGGAAUUGACAGGCAAACAGACCAGACAACCACAAUGUAAAGAUUACUCUAUUUUCACUGCAUCAGGGCUAAAGAGCAAGGACCCGCAUGAUCAACAGUCAGCAAAAUGCAAAGAAUUCUCUGUGUUUUCCACGAGCAGUCAAGGCGUGGCCAAGGUCCCCCAGGUUCUGCAGGUCAAAGUGAGUAAUAAAAGUGAGAGUGUCCAAAAGAAAGAUGGGAAUGACAAAGUAACAGCGCCAAAGACAGAGGCAGAGCUCCUUAUGGACAAAUUUGAGAGGAUGGCAGAAGAGGAGAGAAUUUGGCCUUGUCAGAAGGAUAGGAGAGAUAAAGACCAGGCCAAAGAGAUGGAGGGAAAGAGAAAGGAGAAGGAGGUGCUGUCUAAAGAAGAGCAGCGCAGGCUGAGGAAUGAGAAGGCCUUACAGGAACACCUGGACAGGGUAAAGAAUCCGGAAUUGACAGGCAAACAGACCAGACAACCACAAUGUAAAGAUUACUCUAUUUUCACUGCAUCAGGGCUAAAGAGAAAGGACCCGCAUGAUCAACAGUCAUCAAGGCGUGGCCAAGGUCCCCAGGUUCUGCAGGUCAAAGUGAGUAAUAAAAGUGAGAGUGUCCAAAAGAAAGAUGGGAAUGACAAAGUAACAGCGCCAAAGACAGAGGCAGAGCUCCUUAUGGACAAAUUUGAGAGGAUGGCAGAAGAGGAGAGAAUUUGGCCUUGUCAGAAGGAUAGGAGAGAUAAAGACCAGGCCAAAGAGAUGGAGGGAAAGAGAAAGGAUAAGGAGGUGCUGUCUAAAGAAGAGCAGCGCAGGCUGAGGAAUGAGAAGGCCUUACAGGAACACCUGGACAGGGUAAAGAAUCCGGAAUUGACAGGCAAACAGACCAGACAACCACAAUGUAAAGAUUACUCUAUUUUCACUGCAUCAGGGCUAAAGAGAAAGGACCCGCAUGAUCAACAGUCAGCAAAAUGCAAAGAAUUCUCUGUGUUUUCCACGAGCAGUCAAGGCGUGGCCAAGGUCCCCCAGGUUCUGCAGGUCAAAGUGAGUAAUAAAAGUGAGAGUGUCCAAAAGAAAGAUGGGAAUGACAAAGUAACAGCGCCAAAGACAGAGGCAGAGCUCCUUAUGGACAAAUUUGAGAGGAUGGCAGAAGAGGAGAGAAUUUGGCCUUGUCAGAAGGAUAGGAGAGAUAAAGACCAGGCCAAAGAGAUAGAGGGAAAGAGAAAGGAGGAGGUGCUGUCUAAAGAAGAGCAGCGCAGGCUGAGGAAUGAGAAGGCCUUACAGGAACACCUGGACAGGGUAAAGAAUCCGGAAUUGACAGGCAAACAGACCAGACAACCACAAUGUAAAGAUUACUCUAUUUUCACUGCAUCAGGGCUAAAGAGAAAGGACCCGCAUGAUCAACAGUCAGCAAAAUGCAAAGAAUUCUCUGUGUUUUCCACGAGCAGUCAAGGCGUGGCCAAGGUCCCCCAGGUUCUGCAGGUCAAAGUGAGUAAUAAAAGUGAGAGUGUCCAAAAGAAAGAUGGGAAUGACAAAGUAACAGCGCCAAAGACAGAGGCAGAGCUCCUUAUGGACAAAUUUGAGAGGAUGGCAGAAGAGGAGAGAAUUUGGCCUUGUCAGAAGGAUAGGAGAGAUAAAGACCAGGCCAAAGAGAUAGAGGGAAAGAGAAAGGAUAAGGAGGUGCUGUCUAAAGAAGAGCAGCGCAGGCUGAGGAAUGAGAAGGCCUUACAGGAACACCUGGACAGGGUAAAGAAUCCGGAAUUGACAGGCAAACAGACCAGACAACCACAAUGUAAAGAUUACUCUAUUUUCACUGCAUCAGGGCUAAAGAGCAAGGACCCGCAUGAUCAACAGUCAGCAAAAUGCAAAGAUGUCUCCAUGGUUACUGCAACUGAGUCAAAGACUCUGAACCCUCAGAAGGACCAGCCAGCAAAGUGCAAAGCUGGGAAAAAUCGCUUUGCUACAUUCUUGAAAACCCUUGUGUGCAGAAAAAAUAAGGCAUAA